UGUGAGACACCUCCUGCGCGAGCCAGUCCGACGUUACCUCUGCAGAGGAAGAAACGCAAUGGAGCCCUGAGGGAAAAAAAACCGAACCGUUUUUCCUCUCUCUCGUUUGACCCCCCGAGGGGAGAAGAAGAAAAACAAACAACAAACUACCCCCCUGCGUCCACGCGCUGCUUUAUCUGCUAAUUUAAACUCGAAGGCGUUAACAGGGCGGCGCGACGAUGUGGAUCCAGGUUCGUACUAUAGACGGGAAGAAGACGCGAACCGUUGAGGAUCUUUCUAGAUUGACCAAAAUUGAGUCUUUGCGCGUGAAAAUACAAGACAUCUUCAAUGUGAGCCCGCAGCAGCAGCGCCUCUUCUACCGAGGGAAGCAGAUGGAAGACGGCCAGACACUGUUUGACUACAACGUGGGUCUCAAUGACAUUGUUCAGCUGAUGAUUCGCUCUCAGACCGACGCUCCAGACAGCCCCGCCGCCAAGGACUCCUCCUCAGGUGUUGCCUGUACUUCUGCCCCUCCGCCUGACUCCAGGCCUGAAAGCCACAACGUCCCAACUCCUGCCUCCCCCGCUGCUAUGGAAACCUCCACCAAUAUAGACAAUGACAAGAGCAGCAUCACUACCAGCACUGUUAACGAAACCAAGCCAGACACCAGCGCUACCAGUAACUCAACCAGUACCAAAAAUGGGUUCAAGUCCUCCAGUCCAGCACAGGACACCCAGCCACCCACAUCCAGCAAAAACACACUAGCCGACCCAGGAAUUGGUGUGUACAAGAUUAACGAGCUAGUGGACUGCAGAGACGUCAGCAUCGGUGCCUGGUUUGAGGCCUGCAUCGAAAAUGUAACACGCGCCCCCAAAGGACAGAUAAUGCCCACCAAGGGCAAAGUGGGCCGCCCCCCAAAAAGGACUAAUGGAAAGCUGGAGGCCGAGCAGGGACAGGCCCACGGCCAGGGUCAAACCACAGACAGUAACAGGAAUAAUGUUGUGUUAAACUCAGAGAGUAAUGGAGCCUCCACCUCUCAGACAGACUCUACAGCAACAGCACCCGACAGCAAGGAGAGAGAAGAGGACGUAAUUUACCACAUUAAAUAUGAGGACUACCCAGAGAACGGCGUGGUGGAGAUACGACCGGUGCAUGUGCGGCCACGUGCCAGGACUCUGCUGCGGUGGGACCAGCUUCAGGUGGGCAUGCAUGUAAUGGUGAACUACAACAUGGAGACUCCAGAUGAGAGGGGAUUCUGGUUCGACGCCGAGGUUCUGACCCUCAGUCAAACCUCCCGAACCAAUAAGGAGCUCCGAGUCAACAUCCUCCUGGGGGGUCCUGGAGAUGUAAUUGGAGAUUGCAAAGUUCAGUUUCUAGAUGAAAUCUACCAGGUGGAGAAACCAGGAGCUCGCGCACUGUCGGCCGCAGAUGGACAGUUUAAACGGAAGAGUGGGCCGGAGUGUAAGCACUGCAAAGCUGACCCUGAUGCAGAGUGUCGAUUCUGCUCCUGCUGUGUGUGUGGUGGGAAGCAGGAUGCUCACAUGCAGCUGCUGUGUGAUGAGUGCAACAUGGCGUUCCACAUCUACUGCCUCAACCCACCGCUGGCCACCAUCCCAGACGAUGAGGACUGGUACUGUCCAACUUGCAAGAAUGACACCAGUGAGGUUGUCAAAGCGGGCGAGAAGCUCAAAGCCAGCAAGAAGAAAGCCAAAAUGCCUUCGGCAACGACUGAGAGUCAAAGGGACUGGGGAAAGGGCAUGGCCUGCGUGGGACGCACUAAAGAAUGCACAAUUGUUCCUUCAAACCACUAUGGACCCAUACCUGGUGUUCCUGUUGGAACCACAUGGAAAUUCAGAGUACAGGUGAGCGAGGCAGGAGUCCACAGGCCACAUGUCGGCGGGAUCCACGGACGCAGUAACGAUGGCUCCUAUUCGCUGGUGCUAGCUGGGGGCUUUGAGGAUGAGGUGGACCGGGGAGACGAGUUCACCUACACAGGCAGCGGGGGUCGUGACCUCUCAGGAAACAAGCGGAUCGGAGAGCACUCGUUCGACCAGACCCUGACGCACAUGAAUAGAGCAUUGGCCUUAAACUGCGAUGCACCUUUGAAUGACAAAGACGGAGCAGAGUCCAGAAACUGGCGAGCGGGAAAACCAGUGAGAGUUGUGCGCAGCUCCAAAGGUCGACGGAUCAGCAAAUAUGCGCCCGAGGAAGGAAACCGCUACGAUGGUAUUUACAAGGUGGUAAAGUACUGGCCAGAGAUCGGAAAGUGUGGUUACUUGGUGUGGAGAUACCUACUGAGACGGGAUGAUAUGGAACCGGCCCCGUGGACACCUGAAGGUGUGGAGAGGAUCAAAAAACUGGGCCUCGCUGUUCAGUACCCACCAGGCUACCUGUCAGCCAUGGCUAACAAAACAAAGAAGGAGGCCUGCGCCAGACCUGGUCGUGGCGGCCGGACUAAACACUAUCCCGGGAGAGGGAGGCCACGGAGACAACGCAAGAUCAAGGAGAAAGAGGAGAUCAAUGAGGAAGAGGAGGAUGAGAACCCCGUGGAAAACAUGGAAGAGGAGGCGCCACAAAGUAAUGGAGAGCAGAAGACAACCAGAGAUAGUGAAUCGUCACCAGUGGCAGAGCCUCCGUCUAAACGGGUGAAGAUAGAGGAGACCUUCCAGCUGUCAGAGCAGCAGCAGCAGUUGAUCCGAGAGGACACAGCCAACAAGAAACUCUGGGAUGAAGCCAUGGAAAACCUUAAAGAGGGACCGAAUUUCCUGCGCAAGAUGGAGCAGAUCUUCAUGUGUGUGUGCUGCCAGGAGCUGGCCUUCCAGCCUAUCACCACCGUCUGCUCACACAACGUUUGCAAGACUUGUCUCCAGCGAUCGUUCCGAGCGAAGGUUUACACCUGCCCUGCCUGCCGCCACGACUUGGGCAAGGACUACGUCAUGACCCAAAACAAGACGCUUCAGAUACUGCUCGACCAGUUCUUUCCUGGCUACAGCAAGGGACGAUGAGGUCGAAAUCACAUUUAUAAGUAGGAUACAUGCACAUAAGCAUCCAUUCUGUGCACCCUCGUAUACCGUCAAGUACCUAGAGCUCCACUUUAAAAUGCAUUGCACACACAUAAUGUACUUACCCACGGGCAGAUGUAUAUUGCAUAUACAGCCAUUUAUGUAUACAAUCAUUCAUACACAAACAACCUCAGUAGGGACUGACCUCAUCUGCUGAACUUGGACUGUCUCCAUUAACAUCACCAGCCUGAAAUUCAACCGACGACAUUUUUUAAACCUCCCCACUCCUGCCACACAAACGCGCACAAAAAACAAACGCACAAAAGGAGCCCAACUCAUACUCCCACAAGCCAUCAUAAGGUAUCAGUUCUUUUUUUUUUUUUUUUUUAGUUCUCCCUUCCACUGUGUUGUCCACUGGUUCCAUUAAUUGACAUACAGCACGUUGUUCGAGUGCAACUUUCUCAAUAUCAUAAGAUCAGCUGUUAGAUUCCUGCCAACCUGUUUGCAUUUUCUGUACCAUGUAUGUGGCUUUUUACACCAAAAUACUGAUCUGUGCGCUCGGUCGGUGCUAAGAGUAGGUUGGCCUGUUAUGGCAAAGUAAAGUUAAAAAAGUCCAAAAUGAACAUCCAGUUAUACAUGAAACAAAGCACACAAUAUCUUAUGCCAUUUUAACACUUUAAUAUUGACAUAUGCGUCUUGUUUUGUAGGUUAAUCAGAGGCAUUUACUAGCAUCCUGCUAGCUGCUCAUGUCACUUGGAAUAGUGCCAUUGCCAUGCCUUGAGCUAAUAAGAAUAGCAAAUGUCUCGCCAGGGGUAACUUUCCGUGUUUGGCAGAGAGCAGAAAUUGGCAGCUGCGUCCAGUUUGUUUGGAGUGUUGGAGGAUUUCCUGCUCUAACAAGGCUGCAACUUUACAUACUAAUAGAAUCUACCAAUGACACAAAUCUCUGUUAAGAUUUUAUGUGGAGUCAUAAACAGUGUUUACUAAAUGCAAGGCUGUAGGGGCAAACAUUGUGGAAUCAGGUUUUUAAAAGUAAUUUUGGAUGAGGAAUCACACCUUAGAGUUAAAUGCAAUAUCCAGUACACUUCCAGUUUAUCAGCUUUCUUUAAUAAGAUCCUGUUUGUUUCUAAUUCCGAGCAGCUAUGAAAUAAAUGUACAAGAUACACUUAAUGCACUAAAACCUCGCACAGCGUUUAAAUAAAUGAGUCACCAUAAUGUAAAGACGUUUAUCUGGUUCAUGGUUCCGUAGACUAAACUGUCCUUACGCAUAAGAUGAAUACGUUCUGUUUUUCUUUAUUGACCAGAAUGAAACCUGCAACUGCAUUAAAUGCCUGUAAAGUGUUAGAUGAGCCGCAUACACAUUCUGUUCAGUGACAUCUGAAAUGGCACACUGUGGUUUGUCCCUGGUGUUACCAAGCAACCACAAUCAAGCAGGACUUCAUACAAAGAUGGUUAGCAUAUAAUGUGCUCAGCAGAUAUUCAUCUGCUAUUGUUCUUCCUGUUGGGCUCAGUGUAAUGUUCUCUGGAGAGCUCUGGGUGUCCACCAUGAUGCACAUCUCCUUCAUUUUAGAAAAAGUGGUCGGAUGAGUAAUUGCAUAGGCAGCACGAUGUGGAUUAUUUGUCACAUUACGUCCAGAAAAUGGAGAUACAGCUGUUUCAGUUGAGCCAAACAAAAGGCAGUUGAUUUGUGCUUGCUGAUAAAGAGCUUUCCACUCAACGUGAUGCGGAUCCACACAGUCGGAGGCUCAAGGCCAAACUGUACAGCUCCCUAAUGUACAGCAGAGAGGCUGGAUAGUGUGUUUGAUGUUGUCAUAGAUUGUUAUUCACCACUGCUGUCCUUUUUAAACAACCAGAUUGAUAAGUAGUGCUUUCAAUGCUAUCAAAUACCAAAGAUUAGCACCAAAUUCCCCAUCAGUUUCCUAAUAUUGUUUAGUUUCUAAUUUUAAACAGACAUUUACUGAUUUAAAAUAAACAUUUUAGAACAUUUUACUUGAGCCAAUUUCUUUUAAGGCUGCUUGUGCUUAUGCAAUGAAUGUCUAGUCUGUUGUUGGUGCUAAAACUCAGAUAUUGUAUUGGAAAUGUCUUGAAAUAAUAUCCUAUGCAGCACAAGUGAGAGGUUUGUAGUUCACUGGUGGACAUAAGCAUAACAGACUUGUCUAGUUUUAUUAAUACACAAUUGAAUAUCUUAAUGGAUAAUGCAUUUCAUUGCACUUGCAUACAUCACAACAUUGAACAUGCAUGUUGGUGCAACGUGAAGUUAGAAUUAUGUUCUUCUUUACUGAACCUCAUGGUCAGAAAAUGAACACUGGCAGUUAGAGAAGUGAAGCCUGAGGUAAUUAUUUAACAUCCAAGCCCCUUUUAGUCCCUUUUAGCCAAUAAAUAAGCCAUCAAGGAUUGCAAAACAGGGCUGCACAGUGGUGUAGUGGUUAGCACUUUCGCCUUGCAGCAAGAAGGUCCCUGGUUCGCGUCCCGGCUUUCCCGGGAUCUUUCUGCAUGGAGUUUGCAUGUUCUCCCUGUGCAUGCGUGGGUUUUCUCCGGGUACUCCGGCUUCCUCCCACAGUCCAAAAAUAUGCUGAGGUUAAUUGAUCAUUCUAAAUUGCCCGUAGGUGUGAAUGUGAGAGUGCUUGUUUGUCUAUAUAUGUAGCCCUGCAACAGACUGGUGACCUGUCUAGGGUGUCCCCUGCCUUCACUCGAGUCAGCUGGGAUAGACUCCAGCCCCCCCCCGCGACCCUAGUGAGGAUUAAGCGGUGUAUAGAUAAUGGAUGGAUGGAUGGAUUGCAAAACAACACCUGGGAAAAGUCUAAUUUGUAAUUUGUAAGUUCAUCACAGGGAAGUUGUUCUUGUAGUCCAGAGAGAAAUCUGAAAAUACAACAGCGAACUGAGGAAGAAAAGUGCAUUUUUAAAAGAACUGUCAAAGCAAACAACGUUGAGUUACUGAUUAGAAAUGGUUGGCUGUGUGCUCAAUAUGUUCAGUUCAAAUUAGUUGGAUUUCUUGAGACAGAAAGUUGGUUCCAAAAAGACAGGAUCAUAUGAGAGAAGACUGGCUGAUUUAUUUGGGAUAUGCUGGAUAACAAGGAGGCCUGUUUACAUACCGCCGUACAUGUUUAUAAGGAUUAUGAGCGUGUGUGACAGAAGGAGAUCUUUUCUUUUGCUGUUUGCCUGAGAUUUCUGGCUCCACACAGAGGUGAAUGUUUUCAAGUGGCAAACAUGAGACCGUGUGGAUGUAAUGUCUAACCUGCAAACAAAACAGAAACACGAGGACCUCGUUUAUUUUCCCAGAUCAUCAGGUCUAACUCGCAGUGAUCUACAGCCCAGAAACCAAAUCAUAAUGGCAGCUGUGAACAUGAUACAAACAAAUCUGGAUGUGUUUUCCUCAAAUUCGCUGCACCAAAAGAUUCAUCACUUAAAAGAAGUCUCGAGAAAGCUCACGGUUGUGUCUUGACUUUCUAAAAAUAUGCUUAUUUUGGAGAAAAAGACACAUUUUGUAUUUAUUGCUUCCCUUUUCUCAUGUUUAACUACAGAGACUAUCUUAAAACUAGACAACGAAAAGCACUUAGAAGUCAUAAUCCUACUAAUAUUUUCGGCUUAACAUUUAAUUUCUGACUUGUUUCUAUUUUAGCUACUCCUGCAUUGUGACAUUUUCCAUUGCAGAUACUGUAUUGACAACAGUUAAAUGCAUUGCUGCAUACAGAAGCCUCUUUUUACUUAUUAUACCAAUAAAAAGUCCAAUUUUCCUGGA